UUUUUUUUUUUUUAAUUCAUUUAUUUUAUGUAUGUGAGCACACCGUCACUGUCUUCAGGCACCAAAAGAGGGCAUCAGAUCCCAUUACAGAUGGUUGUGAGCCACCAUGUGGUGCUGGGAAUUGAAUUCAGGACCUCGGGAAGAGCAGUCAGUGCUCUUAACCACUGAGCCAUCUCUCCAGCAAGACUGCUUGUUUCUAAUGAGAAGGUUACUUAAGGCAUUAUUUGAUUUGCUUAAAUGAAUUUUCCAGAAGAUUUAUUGCCUGCUUGUACACGUACACACAUGUGUACGUGUGUGUGUGUGUGUGUGUGUGUGUGUGUGUGUGUGUGUCCUGCAUUCCUGAUGCCUUUGGAGGUCAGUAGAGCGCAUCGGAUGCUCUGGAACUGAACUUACAGAUGGCCGUGAACCACUAUGUGGGUGCUGGAAAUCAAACCUGAGUUGUUCGCAAGAGCAGCAAGUGCUCUAACCACUGAACCAUCUGUCUAGCCCCCAUCCUUUAUUUUUACCUUGUUUAAUUUCGUAGAAUUCUAAUAAUGUCUUUUAAAAUUCUCCAUGAUGUGUUUAUCAUUCAUUGUUUAUUUACUGUGGAGAUGACAAAGACCAGGCCAUUUCUCCUAAUUUUUUUUAAAAAGCAGAAACAUGGCAGUACAGGCUGGGUGUGGUGCCAAAAGGUAGGGAGCGCUUGCCACAUGUAAGGAGCUGUGUUCAUCAGCGGCACCAAAAAAGAAACAGAAUUGGACAGACUUGAACGGACUCUGGGGAGCUAGGAGAGCCAGUUGAUGAUCUUGUAUUAAUCAUUUAAAAGCUUCUGAAUUUUUUAUAUGAGAUUGGAGCCAAAGUUGGUCUUGCUUUUAAUACUGUCAUAAUCUCAUAGUCUGUCUGCCUUAGCGGUAAAACAGGAGCAAACAGGUUUUGAUGAAGCUGGUUACUCCGAUUAGAGCUCCCAAUCACAUAUCAUAUGUGCUCAGGUUUGAGAGUCUCUACGAUCUCGUUGCUCAUGUGUGGCCAACCAGAGUUUCCUAUUACCCGGCAUAUGUUUCUUUUACUCAUUUUUUCUAGGGCUGAGAUUUAAGCUCAUUUUCACGUUAAAAAUUCCCCCUGUCUCAAGCUGGAGUUUCCUGUGUUUUUAACUUUUCUCACAUGAUUUUUGAAUUCUGCCUUAAAGCUGCCUUAUAAUACUAGAAUGACUAAUAUUGAUAGUUAGCAAUAUUUAAGUUUUUCCACAUUGGUAGUGAUCUUUUCGAUAACAUGAAGUUGUUGACGAUUUCAUAAUGGAGCCAACUAAGUUUUAGGCCACGCGCUCCUUGAGUGUUUGGUCUGCUUACUCUCUGAGGAGUGAGGGAAGAGGCUGUUGCCUGAUAGUAUAAUCUGGAAGGGCGUCUGUGUGUAGCCCCUUUAUCUUGACAGUGCAGGGGCAGGUGGUUAGCUUUUAGUAAACAGGCAGGCCUGGCAUCAGCAAAGCAUCAGUGAGACAGAAUGAGACAAGUGUUGCAGAAGUACGUACAGCAGCGUCCAGCCUGCGCCCCUGCAGCGGCAGAAUGGGCUGUGCCUCAGUCGUCAAGACUGAAAUACAGGCAGUUAUUCAACAGUCACGACAAGACCAUGAGUGGACACUUAACAGGUCCCCAGGCAAGAACUAUUCUCAUGCAAUCAAGUUUACCCCAGGCUCAGCUGGCUUCAAUCUGGAAUCUUUCCGACAUUGAUCAAGAUGGAAAGCUCACCGCAGAAGAAUUCAUCCUAGCGAUGCACCUGAUUGAUGUUGCUAUGUCUGGUCAGCCACUGCCGCCUGUCCUGCCUCCAGAAUACAUCCCUCCUUCCUUUAGAAGAGUUCGCUCUGGCAGUGGGAUGUCCGUCAUAAGCUCUUCGUCUGCAGACCAGCGGCUGCCCGAGGAGCCAUCGUCAGAGGAUGAGCAGCAGGUGGAAAAGAAGCUGCCUGUGACAUUUGAAGAUAAGAAGCGGGAGAACUUCGAGCGAGGCAACCUGGAGCUGGAGAAGCGCAGGCAGGCCCUCCUGGAGCAGCAGCGCAAGGAGCAGGAGCGGCUGGCUCAGCUGGAGCGCGCCGAGCAAGAGAGGAAAGAGCGGGAGCGCCAGGAACAGGAGCGCAAGAGACAGCUAGAGCUGGAGAAGCAGCUAGAAAAGCAGCGGGAGCUGGAGAGGCAGAGAGAGGAGGAGAGAAGGAAGGAGAUCGAGAGGCGGGAGGCAGCAAAACGGGAGCUCGAACGGCAGCGACAGCUUGAAUGGGAACGGAACCGGAGACAGGAACUCCUGACUCAGAGGAACAAGGACCAGGAGGGCAUCGUGGUUCUGAAGGCGAGGAGGAAGACUCUGGAGUUUGAAUUAGAAGCUCUGAAUGACAAAAAGCAUCAGCUGGAAGGAAAACUUCAGGAUAUCAGGUGUCGACUGGCAACCCAGAGGCAAGAAAUUGAGAGCACAAACAAGUCUAGAGAGCUGAGAAUUGCGGAAAUCACCCACUUACAGCAACAGUUGCAGGAAUCUCAGCAGAUGCUUGGAAGACUUAUUCCAGAGAAGCAGAUACUCAGUGACCAGUUAAAACAAGUCCAGCAGAACAGCUUGCAUAGAGAUUCACUUCUUACCCUCAAAAGAGCCUUGGAAGCAAAGGAACUGGCCCGGCAGCAGCUUCGAGAGCAGCUGGACGAGGUGGAGAAAGAGACCAGGUCAAAGCUGCAGGAGAUUGAUGUUUUCAACAACCAGCUGAAGGAACUGAGAGAGAUACACAGUAAACAGCAGCUCCAGAAGCAGAGGUCCAUCGAGGCGGAGAGGCUAAAGCAGAAAGAGCAGGAGAGGAAGAGCCUGGAGUUGGAGAAGCAAAAGGAAGAAGGUCAGAGACGAGUUCAGGAAAGGGACAAGCAAUGGCAGGAGCAUGUGCAGCAGGAGGAGCAGCAGCGCCCUCGGAAACCCCACGAGGAGGACAAACUGAAAAGGGAAGACAGUGUCAAGAAGAAGGAGGCGGAAGAGAGAGCCAAGCCGGAAGUGCAAGACAAGCAGAGUCGGCUUUUCCAUCCACAUCAAGAGCCAGCUAAGCCGGCGCAGGCACCCUGGCCCACGACAGAGAAAGGUCCGCUUACAAUCUCUGCACAGGAGAGUGCCAAAGUGGUGUAUUACCGAGCGCUGUACCCCUUUGAGUCCAGAAGUCAUGACGAGAUCACCAUCCAGCCAGGAGAUAUAGUCAUGGUGGAUGAAAGCCAGACCGGAGAGCCAGGAUGGCUUGGAGGAGAACUGAAGGGGAAGACAGGAUGGUUCCCUGCAAACUAUGCAGAGAAGAUUCCAGAAAAUGAGAUUCCCACUCCAGCCAAACCAGUGACCGAUCUGACAUCUGCCCCUGCCCCCAAACUGGCUCUGCGUGAGACCCCUGCUCCUUUGCCAGUGACCUCUUCUGAGCCCUCCACAACCCCCAACAACUGGGCAGACUUCAGUUCCACGUGGCCCAGCAGCACAAAUGAGAAACCAGAAACGGACAACUGGGACACGUGGGCGGCUCAGCCUUCUCUGACUGUACCCAGUGCUGGCCAGUUAAGGCAGAGGUCGGCCUUCACACCAGCCACAGCCACUGGCUCCUCCCCUUCUCCCGUCCUGGGCCAGGGUGAAAAGGUGGAAGGGCUCCAAGCACAAGCCCUGUAUCCCUGGAGAGCCAAAAAAGACAACCACUUAAAUUUUAACAAAAGUGAUGUCAUCACCGUUCUGGAACAGCAAGACAUGUGGUGGUUUGGAGAAGUUCAAGGUCAGAAGGGUUGGUUCCCCAAGUCUUACGUGAAACUCAUUUCAGGGCCCGUAAGGAAAUCCACAAGCAUCGAUACUGGCCCUACGGAAGCUCCCUCUAGUCUAAAGAGAGUGGCUUCCCCAGCCGCCAAGCCAGCCAUUCCUGGAGAAGAAUUUGUUGCUAUGUACACUUACGAGAGUUCUGAGCAUGGAGAUUUAACCUUUCAGCAAGGGGAUGUGAUUGUGGUUACCAAGAAGGAUGGUGACUGGUGGACGGGCACAGUGGGCGAGACGUCCGGAGUCUUCCCUUCUAACUAUGUGAGGCUUAAAGACUCAGAGGGCUCUGGAACUGCGGGGAAAACAGGGAGUUUAGGAAAAAAACCUGAAAUCGCCCAGGUCAUUGCUUCCUACACUGCUACGGGUCCUGAACAGCUCACCCUGGCUCCUGGUCAGCUGAUUUUGAUCCGAAAAAAGAACCCCGGUGGAUGGUGGGAAGGAGAACUACAAGCUCGAGGGAAAAAGCGCCAGAUAGGGUGGUUCCCAGCAAAUUAUGUCAAACUUCUAAGCCCUGGAACAAGCAAAAUCACCCCAACUGAGCUACCCAAGACCGCAGUGCAGCCAGCAGUGUGCCAGGUGAUCGGGAUGUACGAUUACACCGCGCAGAAUGACGAUGAGCUAGCCUUCAGCAAAGGCCAGAUCAUCAACGUCCUCAGCAAGGAGGACCCGGACUGGUGGAAAGGAGAAGUCAGUGGGCAGGUUGGGCUCUUCCCGUCCAAUUAUGUGAAGCUGACCACAGACAUGGACCCCAGCCAGCAAUGGUGCUCAGACUUACAUCUCUUAGAUAUGUUGACCCCGACUGAGAGGAAGAGGCAAGGCUACAUCCAUGAACUCAUUGUCACAGAGGAGAACUAUGUGAACGACCUGCAGCUGGUCACAGAGAUCUUUCAGAAACCCCUGACGGAGUCUGAGCUGCUGACAGAAAAAGAGGUUGCUAUGAUUUUUGUUAACUGGAAGGAGCUGAUUAUGUGUAAUAUCAAACUGCUGAAGGCGCUGAGAGUCCGCAAGAAGAUGUCCGGAGAGAAGAUGCCGGUGAAGAUGAUCGGUGACAUCCUGAGCGCCCAGCUGCCCCACAUGCAGCCUUACAUCCGCUUCUGCAGCUGCCAGCUCAAUGGGGCCGCCCUCAUCCAGCAGAAGACAGAUGAGGCUCCAGACUUCAAGGAGUUCGUCAAAAGACUGGCAAUGGACCCUCGGUGCAAAGGCAUGCCACUGUCCAGCUUCAUACUGAAACCUAUGCAGCGUGUCACAAGAUACCCACUGAUCAUUAAAAACAUCCUGGAAAACACUCCUGAAAACCACCCCGACCACAGCCACCUGAAGCACGCCCUGGAGAAAGCAGAAGAGCUGUGCUCCCAAGUGAACGAGGGAGUUCGAGAGAAGGAGAACUCUGACCGGCUGGAGUGGAUCCAGGCGCAUGUGCAGUGCGAAGGCCUUUCUGAGCAACUGGUGUUCAAUUCGGUGACCAACUGCUUGGGACCACGCAAGUUUCUGCACAGCGGGAAGCUCUACAAGGCCAAGAGCAACAAAGAGCUGUAUGGCUUCCUCUUCAAUGACUUCCUCCUGCUGACCCAAAUCACAAAGCCCUUAGGCUCUUCCAGCACUGACAAAGUCUUCAGCCCCAAAUCUAACCUGCAGUAUAAAAUGUACAAAACGCCCAUUUUCUUAAAUGAGGUUCUAGUAAAAUUGCCCACGGACCCUUCUGGAGAUGAACCUAUCUUUCACAUUUCGCACAUUGACCGAGUCUACACGCUCCGAGCAGAAAGUAUAAAUGAGAGGACUGCCUGGGUGCAGAAAAUCAAGGCCGCAUCUGAGCUCUACAUAGAGACGGAGAAAAAGAAGCGAGAGAAGGCGUAUCUGGUCCGUUCCCAGAGAGCGACCGGUAUUGGAAGAUUGAUGGUGAACGUAGUAGAAGGCAUUGAGCUGAAGCCCUGUCGGUCACAUGGAAAGAGCAACCCGUACUGUGAGGUGACCAUGGGCUCUCAGUGCCACAUCACCAAGACAAUCCAGGACACGCUGAACCCUAAGUGGAAUUCUAACUGCCAGUUCUUCAUCAGAGACCUGGAACAGGAGGUUCUCUGCAUCACUGUGUUUGAGAGGGACCAAUUCUCGCCAGACGAUUUUUUGGGUCGGACAGAGAUCCGAGUGGCCGACAUCAAGAAAGACCAGGGCUCCAAGGGGCCAGUUACAAAGUGUCUCCUGCUGCAUGAGGUGCCCACAGGAGAGAUUGUGGUUCGCCUUGACCUGCAGUUGUUUGAUGAGCCGUAGCAGCCCUGGGAUGAUCAUAGAUGACUUCCUUCUCAAGGCCCCGUGCGGGCACGCUGUCUGGUGGUCAGCCACGGAGCAACAGGGACGGCAGACGAAGCCCCUCGAGGCUGUGAGGAGUUGUUUUCGACAAUCCUGACCUUCGAACCAUGUCUCAUUUUGUGAAUCCAAAUUCUCUUUCCCCUUGUCCUUCCCAUGGUCUUGUCAUGGCUUCUAGAGUCUCUGAAAUCCAGGACCUUCAAUGAGGUUCCAUUGGGAGCUUGGAUCCUUGCCUGGACUGGAGGUGUGGGUCUGGUUUCUAUAAAAUAGAUUUAUAAACGCAGUGACUGUAUUUUGGAGAACUGUGUAGGUCUCCUGUUUCUCACCUCUACCAGCCCUUUGUAGACUACUUGGCCUAUAAUCCACACGUGGUGUGUUUAGUCCAAUUAUGACAGAAUCAUUGCUUUGAAGCCCAGUUCUCACUGAGAAACGGGGCCCUAGAUUGAAUGCUGGGCACGAUGGCCCUGGAGCAGGCACUGACUUACUUAUCUCUGCAGGGCUGUUGCUAGAAGCCUCUCGAAUGUGUCGUUAGAGCUGUACCUUUCGUUCCCCUCUAGACUUGAUUAAUGUUGAUCAGUGAAAACACAGUGGUAUACCAUGGGGUGACUCUGUUCUGAUUCUGGGUGUGCUUGGAAGAUGUUUCAAAAGGUCAUUAUCUGUGAGGGUCUGUCCUGAUGAGUCAGGUCCCACUUCGGGUCAUUGAGAAGGCUUGACGACCUUGGGGGUCCUGGUUGCCAGCUAUUGUCAGAGCAUCUUGGGCUUGGAGACCCUGGGAUGUUUCAUGAGAAGUUCUGUCUGGUGACCAGUCCUGCCUGAGCCCAUUCUGUGCUUGAAAGACUGUUGUGAAAAAUGUCAACACCAGUCUUUAGUGGUCACCCUCCACCCCAACCCCUUGCCGCACCAGGAAGUCUUACCUUAGACGGAUGAAGUUUGAAAAAGAAAUAGGAGGUGUGGAGAGACGCUAAGAAAAUCCAUUACUGGGUUGGGGGAAAGACCUUGGGAAAACGUGAACCCCUCACGGGGUGGGAAGAUGGGAGACGGUCCUGGGCAACGCAUGGGCCAGAGUCAGGGGUGUAUGACCAUAGGCCAAGCUUUCCAUCUGGGUUCUUCAGUUUUCUUCCCCUUAAAUGCUAAGAGAUAGGUUGGUUGUCUAGAUAAUAACUUGGUUUGCUAAGGAGACGUGCAGGCCGAGCUUUUUUCCUUGUUUGCAUCCUGUCUGUGGCCGUGACCCGGUCUUUGCAUGUCUCUGGCUCCUGGACCUGCAUUAGGUGGUGUUCCUUUUUACGGUAGGUCCUCGGAUUUGAACUAGGUAGGGUUCUAGAAGAAGUACUCCGUAAAUGAUAGUGUCUCGGUGGCAGAAUAGCCACUCUGCUGAAAUCUGAAUGCUCCACGUGACUCCAGAAGGUCCCUCUCCAUGUGUGUUUUGAGUGAUUUCUCAAAAAUGUGUACGGGGCAAAGGACAACAGUUUACAUUUCAUACUUCCGAGAACUUCGUAUUUAUUUAUGGAAAAUAGUGUUGACUUUUGUAUCAAGAACAACAGACACGCCUAUUUUUUUUUUAAACAAGCCAAUAAACUCUUCAGUUAGCAGCUUUCAACUGAACAUGAGGUAGACUUUAACUUCAAGUGUGGACUGGAUUGGCUUACUACCUUUCCAGCGGAAAACACUAUCAAAACAUCACACGUUUAUGUUUCCGUUGUUGUUGAGAAACUGUUUUAAAUGAAACCUAUAAAUAGACCUGUGACCCAUGCUUCCCGCGGGUUCUAGAAGCAGGGGCUUUGUUCGCUGUGUUGAUGAGGGACUUGUUCCUGUGGUGUGAACCACAAGCAUUGCGUGUGUAAAUGGCUAGUGUAGGGUCACCGUUACGUCCCUUCCCCCUACCCCUUCCGUGUUGAACAGGAAUAUGAUGUUGAACAUCAGGGUUCUUGCAGGAAGGCUGAGGCAUGCGUGGUGACCCUGUAGGUUCCGGGUUUCCUACUCAUAGAAUCCCACGAUUGCAGCAUGUAAAUGCAGUCUGUGAGUCUUUCCCCAGGUGACUCGACUGGACACCCUUGGGUUAUCCUGGGGGUUGACAGAUCUGGAUUGGUGUCCUUGCAUCUACGACUAUCAUUUGUUGUGACCGAUUGUACUUCUGGAUGAGCUGGGCUGACCGUCAGACCUAGCUGUGACUCCUGGGUUCUGUUGAUAUGGAGUCCUGUUGUGAUCCAUGGGCGAUACAUAGUCUCAAACCUUGAGUCUCUCCUCUGCGUCUAUCUUUUUGACCAGCCAGGCUACACUUCCUACAAAUGACAUGUCCUGGUCAACAAGGAGUCAGAGUUUCAGCUGUCUGCUUUGUAAAUGCUUGUCUAGGCUGUGCGGUCAGGCAUCCUGAUCCAGCCCUUCAGACACCCCUAAAGGCAUCCCUCUUCUGUGGGCCACACUGCCACUACCUCCUACACUCUGACCUCCUCUCACUCAGAAAGGGGUUUUCCUGACCCUCAGUCAUCCCCGAGAAUUACCCUGAGAGCUCUGAGGACAGAAGCUCCUGCGUGGGCUUCCUUCAUGCACCACUUGUCCCAAAGGGUCCAUCCUGGUCUCUGGGCAGCGUCCAUGUUUUGUUCCCCUAGCAGGUGGAUGGAUAGCUUAAUGCUGGGUUCAGCUUUGUAAUAAUACAUCUCUAUUCUUGGAUGGCAAGCACGAAACCUCUCUCCACAGAGAACAUUUCUUCCUUACUUUUUUUUUUUUUUUGGUUCUUUUUUUCGGAGCUGGGGACCGAACCCUUGCGCUUCCUAGGCAAGCGCUCUACCACUGAGCUAAAUCCCCAACCCCUCUUCCUUAUUUUCAGACAAGACCUGACUCCGUAGCCCAAGAUGGCCUUGAACUUAGGAUCCUUCUGUCUCUGCCUCUUAUGUGCUGGAGUUUCAAGCGAUUGCCCUUUUCCCAACUCCAUUGCUUGCCUACCUCCCGAGGGACACUGUUGUGCAGGGAUGCAGGGAAUGAGGGUCACGGGGCCAAGGUCAUGCUGUAAAGCAGGAGAAGAAAGGAAGAGAGAAAGAAGGAAGGAAGGAAGGGAGGCAGGGAGGGAGGAGGGAGGCAGGCAGGCAGUCAACAGACUUUUAACUGGUUCCUCACAGGUUAUGAAGGGCCAAGUGAGGGCCACUUGGAAGGUAGGGCUCACUCACUGCCACGUGCUCCUUGUGGGGGUUUAGGGGACCACAUCUUCGGAGAAGAGACUCACAAUCCCUGCCACCCACACAUUCCAGGCAUUCACAUCUUUGAAGAUAUAGCCUCCCUGUCCCCCUUGUCAUGGAGACUUAGACCUCUAGUGCAGGAGCCCCCCAGAGCCACCACAGCUUUCUGAGUGGAAGUUCCCACAGACCUCGGGUAUAGCAUUUUAUGUUGGAUGACCUCUAUUAACGAACAUUGCCCUUUGAUGGGCUAUCAAGCAAAUAAUGAAGACUUCUCGUUAGAUUUGACUUGAAGUGUGUGACUGGCUGUUGGCACAGAGACUCCUCCUCUUCUCUGUUCCCUGAUAACCUGGAAAGCAGUCAGGCUAGAGAAAGAGAAAGUUUAGAGAUCAUUUCCUCACAGGGCAUUGCGUGAGGUCUCUGUUUGUAGGUCUGAAUGAUCAACUGAGGUUUAUAAUGACUUCCUCUCUGUAAGGAGAAGAUUCUGUCCUUGAGAAGCAUGGAAAACGCAGCCUGUGAGAAAGAUGACCGAGGCCCCAGGCUCUCUAACUUGGGAGCAUUAAAACUCAUAUGUCAGCACACUGGCAGGCUACAGUCAGGGGCCAAGACAUGGUGAGCCAUGCUGACAGUGUGCUGUUCCUUCAAGGGGUCCCUACCCUAUCCAGGCCACCUGUUGGGGGCUGGGGGGCAGAGAAGGGACCUCCUUGUGGCUUUCAAACCAACUUGUAGAUCUACUUUAAGUCAUUUUAAUAAAAUAAAAUUCAUGUUCAAUACCUGGGAAGAUAGUCAGCAAAGUCCUUGCCCUGCUCACCUGAGGGCCUGAGUUUGAUCCCAGCACCCACAUAAAGAAGCCAGAGCAGUAAUGUGUACCUGUAAUCCCAGGGCUGGGGACAUGGAGACAGGGGUGUCUUUGGGCUUGCUCCCUGCUGGUGUGGUACACUGAGUGUGGGUGUUGCCCUGCAGAACUGGCUGGUGAGUUCUAAAGACAUCCUGCUUUGGGGUUGGGGAUUUAGCUCAGUGGUAGAGUGCUUGCCUAGGAAGCGCAAGGCCCUGGGUUCGGUCCCCAGCUCCGGAAAAAAAAAAAAAAAAAAAAAAAAGACAUCCUGCUUUGAAGGAUCAGGAACAGGACACUCCGUGCUGACAAGGUCAGAACUCUUGAACUUACAUAUGUGUGGAGGGGGGCACACACACACAGACACAGACACACACGGACACAGACACAGACAUACACACAUACACACACACGGACACGGACACACACACACACGCGCACACACAAGGAAACAUUAGUGUUCAUCUCCACCAAACAACUAAGUCAUACACAGACCUAAUUAGUUCCUUUUGUAAAAGGAGCCAGUAAUUUAUUUUUUGGCGUAUAAUUCUUCUAGAACUGUCCUAUUUCAGGGUGAAUUGCCCCUACGCUGUGUCAGGGCCUAGGCUAUAUUCUAAUGGGAUCUGUUCUGUUUUUCUGGAGCAGUCUAGAGUCUAUUAUCGCAGCGAUGAGUAUUGUUCAAAGUCCACCGAGGAGAGCUGCAUUCAGAAGAGAGCUUAUUCUGUCAGCCUUCAAAUUUCCCAACAUCCCUCCGGGAUUUCUGGAGAGCUGGCCAGUGACCAGGGCUCCUUUUUCUGCUGUGGAAAUUCCUCCUUUCUUCUUUUAGAGUCACCGUAUACAUAUCGUUUGCGAGAGCUGCAUCUGUGGUUUUCUGCCUCUCCGGCUAUACUCUUUCGUCAUUCUCGUCCUAUCUCCUGUGCUCAGUGAAAACAGUGGGGACCUCAGUCAAAUGGGAGUGUGGCAGAGCUGCCUUUCUGUUUGCAGUUUCCGCACUGUGGGGCUAUUCCUACCUAGAUGGUUCUAUUAGCAAGGUCAAGGUGCUGGCGCCCCCUGCUGCAUCCCAGUAGCAUUGCUCCUGUAUGACUCAAGGAUCUUCCUAGUGGGAAAGGGGUUGGUGGUGGUGGGGUGGGCUGGCUAGACCCGGGCUGUAGUGCUCCAGCACUCUCCCAGAGAAGUGGUGAGCGAAGGAAGGUCUCGAGAAUCCACUGCUGGGCAUCUACUGAGAAAGUGUUCCUGCCUGCUGGGGUCUGGGUCUGGGUCUGGGGCUGGGCAGAGACCCUUUGCGGUUUCCUUGCCUUUUCUGUGCCGACUUCAGAGGGGAACAUUGCAAUUCAGUUCUCCACAGAAAAGGACUGGAUGCCUGAAGGAGGCCUCUGUCCCCACAAGACAGGAUCGCCCUACUUGGUAGGACAGCAGAUUUUCUACCCGAAGAUUUCAAUUUUGGACAUUUUAAGUGGCAAAUGGUGGUUUGGUGCAGCCGCUGGAUGCAUCAUGGAGUGUGUCUGUGAGUGUGUCUGUGUGUACCAGGCAUUGGGGAACGAGUGUGUGUACCACUGAAGGAGACAGGAAAUGUGUUGUUCCACCCUUUCCCAAGUCGCAUUCAAGAGCAGUUGGUAAUGUGUGGGCCAAGUGCAAAAAUAAAAAUGGUGGCCUUCUUGUUCCAAAUGGAUUGGAGAUUUCAGCAGUAGCAACAGAGAAUUGAGCUGAGAUUGGGUCCUGCUGCUUGGGGGUCUCCAACACCAUGGAGCUGGCCUUGACUACACUGCAAAUGGAGAAGGGCUUGUUAUGUCUCUUCUUUGGAAAGGUCUCCCUGGCAGGCUGCACAGAGUUGAGAUGGAAACAUACCAUCCAUUCUGCUUCCUUCCCUCCCUCCUUCUUUCCUUCCCUCCCUCCCUCUCUCCUUCUCUCUCUCCGUCCCUCCCUCCCCCCUCUUUCUUUUCUUUUUUUUCUUCUCUGCAGUGCUAAGGAUUAAAGCCAGGGCCUCGUGCAUUCUUAGAAAGUGAUGCUGUUUUCCAAAACACUACUCUUUUAUCCCUUAACAGUACGGUUUAGAACAAUUAGGGCAUGUAGAAUUCCGCUCACAACCGAAAGUGCCCUGAAUGGACGGGGAAUUGUCAACUGAAGGUUGAUGGUUUCUCAGGUCCUGGUCCAGGGUGUGUCUCUGGAUAUCAAGUGGCCUUUGAGUCUUCAAAGUUAAAUUUUCUGCUUUGAAAUAAAACCUUUCCCCUAUUCAAGGGCUGGUCUCCCUGUUUCUGGUGUCACAGAGGAGAUUCUAAACUACUUUAAUGGAGAAAAGCCUAGAAGGGCUCAGUGUCCCUGCCCCUGACAAUGACUGGCCAUUUGCUCCUUUAGAUACUGCUUUCUGGAGAGGAGUGGUUGGAGCCAGCUGCCUGUCUGCUCUAGUGGCCAAGUGUCUGAGAGUUUGCUCCCACGAGGCAGGGCUCUCACAUGCUAGAUCCCCAUGUGUUAGCAAAGAAGAAAGACUCUGCUGUAUGUGUAACCUCUAUGUUCUGGAAGCCCAGUGCUCUGGGGAGGCCAGAAGUUAUGGGGGCUUCUCCUGGAAGCCAUGUCCAUGUUGCUUUGUUGUGCAGCCUGUGUUGUGCUGGAUGCUCCAAGCCCUCAGGCUCUGUUUGCUUUUUGCAAUGUAGACCCAUGUGCACACAUGCAGAACAAUAAUCUUUCUUCUGUUUCCUGAUUCCACUCCUGUAAUCCCAGCCCUUCAGAGAUGGAAGCAAGAGAAUCAGGAGCUUAAGGACAGCCUGGGCUACAUGAGACCCUCUUUCAAAACUAGGAACGCAGAAACUAAGAAGGGAAACCACAGAAGGGAAAACCACAGAAGGCUCGCCUGUCACGGCUUUAAAUCGUCUUAAAUGAAAGUAGACUGUUUCCCUAGAGGCAUCUGACCACUAUUGUGCUAGCAUCCAUUUUAAUGAAUGAAUAUUUUGGGAUACAUUUUGUCAAUCAACAUUCUCAAAGCGUUACUUGCUGAAUAUUGCUGUCAGAACAUUCAAAAGAUCGUAGUUGAUGAUGCUCAAUGGUUAGAUGUGCAUUUAAUUGAGCAUUUGUUGUUAAUGGCCCCAAAUACCUUGGAGCUGAGAGGUCAACCUCAGAUCUGGUCAACAGCAGCCCACGAGCUGAAGCCUGAGUCCUCUUUGCCCCUCUGUAUGGCUCGGUGCAUACGGGGUGCAGGCUAUCAUUGGCCUGUGUUGUACCGUCUUAGCUAUUCCGCUCUGCAGCGUUGGCCAUGGUGAACACAGGUGCACACAUCCAUAGAGAGGGGGAAACCCUCCACAAUGUCCUGUGUCUGACAGCCAGCACACAGCUCCUGGUGUUCUGCGUUUUGUGCAUUUUCCAACAAAGAAAAAGACAGAGACCCACUAUAAAAUGUGAAAAAGAUUGUGUUCUGUAUGUGGCUUGUCAUGAAAUCUUUGCUGUAUGUUUUUGGGGAUGACGAUUCUAUGUAUAUACAGUAUGUAAGAGGCUAUGCUGUUCAAUGUUGCAUAAACAACAGAUUCUCUAGUCUGAAUACUUAACUUGUUAUUGUAAAAUGUGAUUUCUCAUUGAGAGAUUAUUUUUCUGUAUGUAUAUGAGAGUAUUUUAGGAAUCUAACUUAAGUGCAUAAACUAUAGAAGAAACUUAAAAACUUAUCCCAGGAGUAGCAAUGUGUGAUCAGAUCACUUGGGUUCAACCCAACUAAAUUUUAUUAAAAAAAAAAAACAAAUCCAAGUUGGAUGUUUAGGAACUCAAAA